UUCAAGGAAAAAAGAAAAAAGACCACAUAUGUAAAAGAUGUAUACCCUGGUUGGAAAGGAGAACAACCAUCCACGAAAAUUGUUCAUCAAGACGGCCUAUCUAUUCAAGGCAACUUUUCGAUUUUACAUAACUAGUCCAUUACUGGCUCAGGCGGCCAUAAGAGUUUUUCAAAGACUAAUAUGCCGGUUCGGGAGAAGACGGCAAAGAGAAAGGAGAAAAUCCACAGUACUUGCUUUUACCGCUCAGGGCGAAAGAAUGGAAUCAUUAGGGUCAUGUUACUCUCAUACACGAAUCGUCAGAGGCCUCGACAACACUCCAAUAGUUGUGCUCCUGUGAGUAUCUCAUCUUUUAUUUACCAUGGCUACCACGAAAACUAGGAAAAACAUACCACCAUUCAAGAACUGGCCGAAAGUAGCUCCACAGAUUAUUUGUGCGACAUCAGCUUCAUGGGCCAUGUUAAGUACCGGACUCGUUCGCGGAUGGAGUUCAUCAGCUAUCCCGCAGCUGACGUCACCAAAUAAUGAAACGCUGUAUCUCGAACAAAAUGAGGCUGCUUGGCUAACAUCAUUGCCACCACUGUGCGCCAUUUUUGGGAGCUUGCUGAUUGCAUUUCCUAUGGAAUUAUAUGGUCGUCGGAUGACAUUGGCCAGCCUCUCAAUACCUUACGUCCUUGGGUUUUACCUUAUGGGAUUAUCUUAUUACCUCCAUUCGGCCGCAGUUCUCUUCGUUGGUCGUGUCAUCACUGGCUUGAUAACCGGAGCAUCAUCACCCACAUCUCAGAUUUACGUGAGCGAAUGCUCUUCGCCAAGGGUGCGAGGAGCCUUGGGCUCCUUUACAUCGACUUUUAUUUCGUUUGGUAUCUUAAUCGCCUACAUUGUCGGAGCGCUUGUCGAAUGGCAAAUUAUGUGUUUCGUCAUUGGAUCCCUGCCAAUUGUCUUGGGCCUAGCAAUGCUUAUGAUGCCGGAAACACCUUCCUGGCUCGUUUCUCAUAAUCGUGAAUCUCAGGCCAAGGACGCACUUCAGCAACUUCGUGGCAAGUAUACAAAUAUCGAGUCGGAAUUCCAGCGCAUCAAAACCAAUGUCGACUCGCAAUUACCCAAUGCCAGCUAUUCCAAAAUACUGACCAGCGGCCAUUUAAUAAAGCCACUACUGAUUUCAUUAGCGCUCAUGUUCUUCCAACAAUUCAGUGGUAUAAACGCCAUUGUCUUUUACUCUGCAAGCGUUUUCCAGGAAGCAGGCAGUACCUUGGAUCGUUUUUCAGCCAGCAUAGUAAUCGGUGUUGUGCAAAUGGUUUUCACGAUGAUGUCUGUUUUUUUGGUGGACCGUAUUGGACGUCGUAUAUUACUGAUAAUCUCCGGAGUUUGUAUGGCAGUCUCGCUAAGUGGAUUGAGUGCCUUUCUUUAUCUGAAAAGCGCCUGGGAAGAGUUAUCUAUUGUCGACGAAAGCACCGUGGCAGAGUCAUCUGUAUUUGAGGAAUUGGGCUGGCUCCCUUUGCUGUGCCUCAUGUCUUUCAUCAUUGCAUACUCUAUCGGUUUCGGCGCUGUACCUCAGUUAAUAAUGGGCGAACUAUUUCCGCUGGAAUACCGUCAUCGAUUGGGUACCAUCUCUGCAUCGUUCAGUCUGUGCUGCACUUUCAUAGUAGUACGAGCUUUUCCUGAGAUGGCCGCCACCAUGGGGCUAGGUGGUGUUUACGGUCUUUAUGCAGCUUGUUGUCUGAUGGCUGUCGUAUUUGUUGCAUUUUUUCUACCAGAAACUAAAGGUAAAACAUUGGAAGAAAUCAGCCAAUUCUUUGGUCAGGCAACAGCCAAAGAAAUAACUUCUUGCCCGUUCAUUCUAAUUAAACCCAAAGGGGAUCCUCAUGCCCUUCUUAGUAAGCCAAUGCCAAAAAGUAAUGUGCCUACCCAACCAAAUUAGAAAAAAAUUAACCAUUUUUGUUUUCGCCUAUUAGCUCACUAUUAAUUACAACGUGUGGUGUUUUCGUAAACUUCUUUUCACAUUUACAAAACACAUACGUAAGCGCCUUGUCAUAGUCAAUCGACUAUUUCUGUGUUAUUUAGCAGAUUGGAAAAUACUUGUUAGAUUUUUAAAUAGAUGUUGUAUAUUCUGUUUUGUUGGAAAGAAGAACACGAGACAAUCGCUACCAUUGAAGACUGAAGUAACCGAACACUUUUCUUCCGAGUUCUACAGGUUCAACCGUUCAUGUUCAAUCCUCCCGUUGACUACCAUUUUCACUUGCAAAUAACAAAUAAAACGACUUUGGAUUUAGUGA